UCUCUGCUGUCUCUGUGGAGGUGGGGGCAGAGCGCUAUUAGCUGCGCGCUGCAGACAUCAUUAGGAGGGGAGACGCUUCCACCGUCAACGCCGGAGCAGAGCAGGGGAGCCCUGGCAACAAGGAGACACACAAACUCAGCAGCCCGCUAAACACCCCGCAUGAAUGGUGACUACACCUGCAGACAGACAGACGUGAACAGACGGUGCAGACAUCUGGGACGCUUCCCUCCUGUUGGUGCAGAGAUCCAGACUUCACAUCAGGAAGUGCAGCUCCAGUGAGUUGUCAGCUGAGCAGCAGGCUCCACCUACUCCACCCAAGUAGCUCUGCCUCCUCUGCUCAGACAGGAGCAGUGAGGAGUAAGGAGAGCUGCCGAGAGAAAGUAUAAAGGAAAGAAACCCUCAGAAACGAGCAGAUGGAAGGGUGACAGUCUGAAAGCUCCGACAAUUAGACUGGGCGGCAAAUGGUGGUCUUUAACACAUAGCUGCUGGCGUGCCAUAUAGACACUGUCUGGAAAAGCUAUAUAGACGUUAAAGACGGCAAGUCAGAAUAUGGAGUGCUGAGUCCCUGAGUCAACACACUGCAUUCUGGGAUAGUCUGGAACCCUCUCCAUGGGCUGUACCACCUGCUGACAAACCCGGGGGGUCUGGAGGAGUUGUGUUGAAUGAGGAUUGUGCUGCGUGUGGGCAGACUUUCUUUUGCAGGGAAAUGAUUCCACAUGAAGUGCAACGCACUCGACCCCCCAUCGUCCUCUGCGGCAGCAGCAGGUGUGACGGCGUGACACUCUCCCCUACCACACUGAGCUCUCCCCUCAGCCGCUAAAGAUCCCUGGACGGAAGAGACGCCCUACCCCUCCCCUCUAACCACCCCUCCAUAUCUUCAUCUCCAUCUUUAAUCCUCCCUCACCUGCUUGUUAGGGCCUGGAUUUUCUUUGUUAUCAAGAAAAAGACCUGAUAAUCAGCGGCCUUGGGUGAACUGGAUAGAGGGAAAAAAAGACAAGAUUGGGAAGGUUAAUUUAUAGCUAAUUAAUGUGAAACAAAGGACAAAACAUCAAAAGUGAGAAAAGGAGAAAGGAAAGUGAGAAAGAAAGUCAAAGAGCGAGGGAACAAAAAGAAAGAAAAAGCUAUUGUCCAAAACUUAAGGGAAGACAAAGCAAGUACAGUUGAGGGACGUGAGGUGAAGUCAGAAUGAAGUCCAACCAGGAACGCAGUAAUGAAUGUCUGCCCCCAAAGAAGAGGGAGAUCCCCUCAAGUACGUUACCUUCAGAAAAUCGCUCCCCGACCAUCCCACCUGCCAGCGACAACCAGCGCACAGAGAACAUGGCCUGGCUUGCCAGUGUGGCUGGUGGGAAUGAGAGCAGUGUGGGUGCACACCGUAGCUUCAGCCAGUCUGAUGGGCCCCAGUAUAAAUCCUCCUCCUCCAUAUUAGACUCUUCAUCCUCCUCUUCCUCACUGAGGCUAGUCUCGUCCCUUCCUACAGUGUACACAUCCCCCCUGUCACAGUCCACAGUUGGAGGAACUGUCCAUUACACCCAACUGCCUCCCAAUCUGCAGUUUAUAGCCUCACCCUACACUGCUCCAUACACCGGCUACAUCUCCCCUCAACUGCUUCCACCUCCUCCUCCACCUCCCCCCCUCUCCUCCUCCUCGUCUUUGGCUGCACAGAGACCCUCACACACAGAGACAGCUUCUGCUCCUUCGCAGGCCUCCAAACAGGACCAGCAGCGAGCAUCGGCAGGGCGUACCUCCAUGCUUCCUCCUACAGACCCCGUCCCACACCAUGUUCAAAUGUCAACAUCCCCACGGACUGUGCCGUCGCCUCACCACCAAGGAGGCACUCACCUUCCAUCCCAGUCACUGCAUCCCCACCAUACUUUGGGGCACAGCAUGUCCCAGGUUGUGGUGCAGUAUACGGACGGACUCAUCAGGAAGGAGGAAGUUGGCUCCAGACCCAGAGAGCUCCACAAUGGAGAGCUGGAAAGGGGCCGGCGGUUUGGGGUGUCCCCUGAGUCCAGCCUCUCCAAGUCAGGGAGCAAAUCACGGGAUGUCACUUCCUCUUUGUCUUCCUAUGAGGCCCGCCAUCUGGUUCUGCCAUCAGAUUACUCUACUCAUGAUCCCUCAGGGUUGAGAACCUCUGUCAUGUUAAUGCCCAACAACCACGGGGACCACCAGCUGGUACCGCCCAGAGCCAGCCCUGAGAAGCUAACAACUUCUGCCCCCGCACACCUGGAGAAAGGUGGUAUCAUCCUGGGCAAACCUGUCAAUCGCGCACCAUCUUCAUCCAACACCACCUCGUCUUUCACGUUUCCACCCCCACUUAGUGUAGACAGCCUGAAAGCUGCUGUCAACACGCUGUCACCCCAGACCGUCAUCCAGACCACCCACAAUGCUACAGAGACACUGUCAAUGGGGCUGCCUUCCACCAGUAUCUACCCUCAGCCACCUAUUAUUGGUUACAUUGCAGGGGGGAGUGGAAGCACCUACCACAACAGCCUACAACAACACUUACUCAUUCCAGGCACUCAACCGGUCAUCAUCCCUGUUAGUGGAGGUGGAGUCCCCACCUUGGAGCCUGUAGCCUCCCACAUUACAUCAUCUACCCAAGGCACACCUUUUCCUACGACACUCCCACACACAUAUAUCGCUGCCACUGCCCCUAAAGGAGAAACUCUGGAAACCCGCAGCAGCUCGUAUCACCAGGAUGCUUCGAGUGCAAUGGUCCAAGCCCAGCUUCAUCUUCCCAUUGGUCCUUCUCCUCCGGGGCUGGUUGAGCCUUCUGCUCCUCCUCCCCCCUCCAGUGCCGUGGUGCCCCCCUCACUCCCGCCAUAUUUCAUCAAGGGUUCCAUCAUCCAGCUUGCUGAUGGCGAGCUGAAACGCGUGGAGGACCUGAAGACGGAGGACUUCAUCCAGAGUGCCGAGAUCAGCAGUGAACUGAAGAUCGACUCGUCCACAGUGGAGCGCAUUGAAGGGAGCCACACCUCACCCAACUUUGCAGUGGUUCAGUUCUCCGUUGGUGAGCACCGUUCACAGGUGAGUGUGGAGGUCUUGUUGGAGUACCCCUUCUUCGUCUUUGGCCAAGGCUGGUCUUCAUGCUGCCCGGAUCGGACCACCCAGCUCCUGGAGCUGCCUUGCACCAAGCUUUCUGUGGGCGACGUUUGUAUUUCACUCACCCUCAAGAACCUGAGGAAUGGAUCUCUGAAGAAGACUCAACCUUUGGAGCCAGCCACCCAUGUGUCUGUCCCACCCCCCGGCCACGGGCACCUCAAACCCCCCAGAGCUGUCUCAGACGCUCCCCAGAGCUGCAGUGGAGGAAGCUCCAGGCACAGAGAGCGGGAGAAUGGCGUCAGCCAGCGAGGGAGCGGUGAAAGUGGGAAUGGGAGUGGAGGAGCCUCCAACAUAGAAAACGGGGAUGUCAUGUUUGGGGAAAGAGGGUCUGUUUCUAAAGGUCAGGGUGCCAGUGGCAAAGACACUGGCUCUGUUAAACCAUCAGGAGGCAGGAAGCGAAGAUGGUCAGCGCCUGAGGGGCGAAAAGUAGAAAAAUCAGAGGAGGAGCCACCUCUGACCCUGCCCAAACCUUCCUUCAUCCCUCAAGAGGUGAAAAUCAGCAUUGAGGGAAGGUCAAAUAUUGGCAAGUGAAGGCUAGCAGGACUGUUAAUAACCCUUGGGAUUUUAAAAAUAUACAUAAAAGGAUUCUCCAAAAAAACAUGAAUGCCCACAUUAAUGUUUCAUUUGUCUUGGUUUUGUUUUCUGUUUUUUUUUCUAUCUUGAAUACUGUACUGUAGAGGUAAACUUACCCUACAUGCUAUCACCUUACAUUAAGUAGUUUAUAACACAUUUUUUAUAGAUGGAUUUAAUAUCACAUGAGCAAUCGGUGCCGUUUUGGUGGUUUUCAUGAGAUGACUUAUGGUGAGCGACUUGUGAAGUGUGCUAAAUGUUUCUUGGUGGCUCUGUGGCACAUGGGCACAAUGCUUGAUGGCUCUGCUUGGCCCGCCACAUUACACAAUAUAUAAAUUUCAAACUGAAUUAGUUCCCGGUUGGCCUCUUGACAGUGAUUUCUGCUACUGGACAGCAACACUUUCCCACCACCACUUGCAACACUAGUGGUAUAAUUGUCAGCUGAUCCUGAGCAUGAAGGAUUUGUGAGUAAAUCAUGAAAUAUUUCCUUAUUAAUUCAGUGCAGGAGUUGGAAAAACGUCCAUGUCUUUAAUGCAACUGUAUCAUGUGAUAUUCACUAUGUCAUCAGUGUGUGCCGGACCUGAACCAGAUGUCAUCAGGUAGCGCCAGUGUGCCACACAACAGAGAGGGAACAACACUUACUCUGCUCAGUUUGAUGACAGUGGAGUCUUUACUUUCAUCUUUAGCAUUUUCAUUUUUUUUAACCCCUUGUCUCCUAGCUCACCAGAUAAUUGUUUUCACUGAUUGUCAAGAACCUUAAUCAGAGGUCAUGUAGUCCUAAAUUGAGCCUAGGUGGGUCGAUGUAUAAAUGUGGGAUACCCUAACCUAUUACGUAAAGUGCAGACACACUGGGUUGGUGAACUUCACUUUAAGAAAAUGUCAAGCGGAAGGUUGCAUACAAUCCUCUUCAUUAUUUUUGAUGAAUUACUUUAUAUUUUUUUUAUCCAGAAAAGCUGUGUGAGAGGAACCGAGAGAAUCUGCACGUCAGCUCUGAGAGGGUCAGGAUGUUUCAAAGCACUUAACACACCUGUCACACUCACCAUACAGCCAACAAGUUUUUUGUUGUCUCUUUAUUUACACAGUACUGUAUGUUUUAAGAUUUUUUUUUUUUUUAGACAAUGGUAGAAAGUAGCAACAGCACUUUGGAAAGCUUUUUGAAAAAGUGAAGGGGUCGUUUGGUAACGUGGGAGCAGAUGUGCCAUGGAAUCACAAAGCAAGGGAUGAAUGUGACAGGUAUUGGAGAAAAAAAUCAGUUAGUAGAUAGUGAAGGGAAAAUAAAUAUGGAGAUAAAAAUGAGUUAGAAAUACGGUGGUUUUCAGCACGUGCACUACAUGACGUCAGUCAGCCAUGCAAAACGUAGGGAAAAGUGUCGGAAUGUGUUUGGAAAGUUUGGCAUAAAGACUAACAAGAAAAGGGCUUUGAAAUAUCCCAGUGAUGUUCUGUACUGAGACUGAGAGCAAUGAUUAGAAGCUCACGCCACAGAAUCGUGAAGGUCAUCAUAUAUUUGUAAUGUGUGUAUGUGUGUGUCUGUGUGUGUGAUGGUGGUCUGUGUCUGUCCAUAUACACACACAUGCUUGCACAGACACAAAACUGUACAGAUGAACCCUAGAAUGACCUAUAAUAUGUACUGUAUUUGUCGAUAUGCAUUUAGUUGACUGCAGAUGCAAAUAUUUAGGUGCAUAUUGUCCCUACUGCAAAGACACUAGUGGAUUCACAUUGGAUUAAUGCACACUGCUAACAGUACAGGUGUACAGAAAGUGCUCUGUGGUGUGUUUGUGUAUAGACGGGAGUUUGUAUAGGAGUGUAUGUGUACUGUGUAUAGGAAAAAGGAUAUACUCAUUUGAUACAUAGACAAUGCUAAAUGUCCAGUGUUUCUACUUGGAGUCUUUACUUAAGAGAAUCUUGCAAUUUGCACAUGAGGAGGAGGGAGUUAGUUGGAGACAUGACUUUUGACCACCCUGUCCUGAAACAAGCCCUAGACCACGUAACACACUGGAGGAGAGCAGGGUUUUUUUCUUCCUCAACAGGCACUUACCACAUUGUAGAGGAAACGUUUCUACAUCAGCACAGUUAAGGUCAAAUUACAUUGAGUUACGAUGAACACAUGCUGAGCUUUAGAGCAGAAUUUUAACACGUGCCUGCCUACUGAAUUUAAUUAAAGAUGAACCAUUUCUGUUGUUGUUCAAGGAGACUCUCUCCCUGCUGUUGAAACCGGGGUGUCCAGUGAACGGGGCCUGUGCUUAGCAAGCCAAAACCCUACAUCACUAAGAUAUAGCAGUUACCUCUACAGAUGUGCUUGCUUGGUUGGCCUGACAUUUACAUCUUUAAAGAAGCUGGGUUGGAGGUUAUUUCACCCUCACAGGAUCUAACUUUAUGUAUAAAAGUCCAGGUUCUGUCCUUUUACUGAGCUUGGCUAUUUAGAUGUAGUGUGUACAACCUGUUGAUCCUUAGACCUACUGAUUGUACUAAAUGCAACAUGUGAUCAAGAAGUUCCAGGAGUGCAACUGUAAUUGGCAAAAAAAGCAUGCAUGAUUUGAAUUUGGCCACUAUUCCCUUUGAAGUAGUCGCCUUGUGCAGCGAUACACAGCUCCCGGUGCUCCUGCUAUGUUUGGAGCGAAUUCCUAAAGACUCAAUACGGUGCAUCAGGUCGGGCUUCAGCAUGUCUAGAAGUCCCAUCUCAUCUGCAACACAAGUUUAACUUAAAUUUAAUUUCAGGAAGGGGAAAAAGUCACAGGGAUUCAAAUCUGACGAGCAGGUGGGGGGGGGCAGUGACAGGGUGAUGGCAGGACGGAUGUGUACUGAGAUGGAUGAGAGAUUGGUGGUUGAGUAAGGGGGCAGAUAAGGAUUGUGAGUGAAUGAAAAGACCCCAAACAAGAUUUGAAAAUACUUUUUUUUUUUAUAAUAAAACAGGGUUCUCAGAUCAACGCCACCACAGUAGUGCAUUUUUAUUUCUUCCUUUCCCUAUUGAAACGUCAUGUUCAUCAGUAGUAGAAACAGCAGUAGUGUGUGCAUGUUUUGCAGUCUGUGUGUGUGUGUGUGUGUGUGUGUGUGUGUGUGUGUGUGUGUGUGUGUGUGUGUGUGUGUGUGCGCCUGUGUUUUCUACAUGUAUGUACAUGUCCAUUUUUAAGUGUUUGUCCAGCCUCCUUACCAACAAAUGAGAAAGCAGAACCACAACAUCCAAACAGACCUGUCAGCCACUCAAACCAUCCAAACUUUUAUUGUUCAUCAGGUAGAACAUUCAAAAAAAUAAAAAAUAAAAAAAAAAUCAGCCAAAGCCAAAUGAUGCUGUUGUUGCUUUGGUUACUGUAAAAAGCAAUAGUACAACUAUAUUCAGGCACUCUCCUAGUGUUUGAGUGGGGCAUACACUCAGUCACAGAGUGAAUCCACUCAAAUUCUCUGCAAUAAACAUUUAAUAAUGAUCCUCCAGCAUUGCAACCAAAACAACUCUUUCUGCCCAUAGAGAAAAUCCAAUUCUGUCAUCUACUGGAAAAUGUUUUUCAAUGCUCAGAUACCUGAACUUGCUUUUAUUAACACUAUUCCCCUCAUGAAGUACAUUUCAAUCAGUAGAAAAUGCAGUUGCAACACCAGUUGCUAGUUUUUCAGGGAAGUAUCUCAUAUAUGCAGUAACUGAAGAUAACCCCACAAAACCUCCUUUUGCCCCGGCUGGUCGGUCAGGAACUCUGUUGUUACGCUGAAGUGACCAGCAGGUGUUCUGACUCCGCCCAGCUCUGCCUCGUUGCCACGACUCCCGUAGUGACCUCGUUAACUUUGCGUCAGGUACCCAAUCAUAGCCAGCCAGCCUCACAAGCACCUCCUCCUGAGGCGAAGCAGUCAGUUAACCCUUAACAACCGUUAGCUACCUUUCAGUGUGGCCUGACCUGGAUAUCACAGAACCGGCCUCUAGCUGCCUGUUCCCCUCAGUAGCGUCGUCUUUCGACAGUCAGUCCCCUAUUCACAAACUAACCCCUGCAGGCCAUUUUGAUUCUACUUUAGUGGGAAAUGCAAGCUUAAUUACAGAUUCAGACACAAAUCAAUCGACACAUUCUACAUGCAGAAUGAGGGAGCAGCAAAUCACAGCAAGGUUUCAGUAUUUUUCGAGGGUUAAGUGUAAUUUUGAUUUCAAGAAAUGAUCCCAAGUUCAACCACACCUUGAAACAUACCACAAUGUGCAAUACAUACACUUUGUCCCCCUCCCCUCCUUCAGCGUGCCAAGUGUAUGUAGCAUAGUCCGACUCCAGCGUCUCAUCCUCGUUAGUGGCUUGUGUGUUUUAUUGUCUGAUGUGUGUCACAUCUGUAAAACAAGAGUCAGGAUGUUUGUGAAGAGAAACAAAGAGUUUUCCUGUAACUCUCUUUCCCUUUUUUUUUUUGUCCUUGCGGCCUUCCUAAAUUUUACCGUGUGAGUCUGCACCAUGUGUCGUGUGUGUACUUGUGUGCACCUGGUGUUCAAACGCGUGUGAGUGUGUUAGGGUUUAAGUGAAAUGUGUGUGAUGUGUGUGUGUGUGUGUAGCAGAGUGUUUUCUCCUCUAAUUGUCUGUGAGAUCAUAAACCCUGACCCUCAACGGUUCACGGUGAGACCCACAGGAAAAACAAAACCUCAUUGCUAGUGGGGACCACUUUUUUUUGUAAAAAAGCAAAAGAAAAAAAAGAGUAAAAAAAAAAUAAAAAGACAACCAACCAACAGAGAUGCACAUGUAAGUAGAUGUAAAAGACUUGAUAAUGUUUCAGCACUUUCUAAUCCCAGGACAGGCUCAGUCUAACCCCUCUGUCUCAGACUGAAGCCCGUCCUGGGGGUAACAUUCAUUCAAAAACAGACAGAGAGAAUGAGAAUGGGGGGAAAAUAAGGGGUGAAUAUUGAUGACUAAGAUGGCUCAAGUUUUUGCACAUCACCUUGCCGUAACCUUGUGUUUAUCUGUCUGUGCUCCAUCUCACUUGGCGCCCGGCGCGUUCUUGGGUCCAACGGGCCGAGGUGUUAGGUGAUUCCUUGGUUCUUUUCUACUGGGAAAAAAAAAAAACCUUUCUCAUGGAAAGCAUCCCUACUUUUGUUGUGUUAAGGUUUGUUUGAAAUCUUUUCCGCCCUACACUGACCAGGCUGUGCUGUUAAUUCGUUAUGGUCACAUUUUGAGUUGUAAUUAGGCCGAUGUGUUUGUCAGGAGUCGGCACGGCUCGGUUUGGGUGUGAGGUGUGAAAACGGCAAACCUUUGCUUUGUUUGCAUUAUCUUUGGUGCAGGAGCUUUUUUUCUGUUUUCAGUCUCCUUGUAGCACUCAAUAUUAUGUCAGGGGACUUAAAACUACAGUAUGUAGAGAAUGUGUCAUUGUUGAGUUUUUAUGACAAGCUUCCUCGCUGGAGGAGCACUGCUAAUGUCAACUUUUUUCUUUUUUUUAUUAAAUUGGCUUCUUGCACAACUUGACAAAUAAAAUGAAUGUUGGUGUGUGAGCUUUGACUUUUUGAUCAGAAAAAAAGGCAUGUGUGCUCUUUGUUUCGUGAUGUUUGUACUUUCGUUUUUGCAAAAAGGAUGUGUUUUUUGGCACUUUGUUGUGUUUUAAAAGUGAACAGAAUUCGAUCAGGAUUCCACUUGUUUUUUUUUUCCAUUAAUUUUGUUUUCUUUUUUUGUAUGAUGUCUCGUCAAUGUCCAUAGCGCUGGAUAACCAACUCAGGCAGAAAGAAAAAAAAAACUUGUAGAGGCCCACUUAACAGUUUAGUUUCACCCCAAAUCAGUUUGCAUAGUGGGCUGUUUGAUAUGGGUUAUAAGAUAUGUAAAUUUAUUACAUAUAAUUUGAUAUUUGAUUGAUGAUUAACAAAUGUCAUUAUUGAUGAUUAACUAUAAACUAUUAUUAUGAUAUUCUGUGUAUUAUGCUGGAGAUGGCUUGGAUUACUCUUCAGUGUACUGAACGUCUCUGGUCUGCCUCUCUGUGCACAGCGACAAACACUUUCAGCAGAGGACAGGCUGUUUGGUUCCUGACCUCUGACCCCGCCCACUGCCACGGAGGAGGUGGAGCUUCGUCUGUCAGCUGUGGUUCAGUCCAUUCCUCCCCCCUGCUCUGAACGCUCAGCCCUGAGGCUCGCAGCCAGUCUGUCAGGGUGUUUCUCUGCUAAACUAAACUGAAACUUACUGGCCUCUGAGACGGUGGCAGAGAACUUGGACAUCAGCACAGACCUGCACAGACAGUCUGGCCUGCAGGGGCGGGGGGCGGCAGCAGUUCCCAGCCAACUUGUUUGUACUAUAUCGUACUCACCAAGUCCCUGUGUCUCACCACCCCUUUCCUCUAUAGCAACAGAGAAACCCUGUUGGUGUAUGUAUUUGACAUCUGUACAAAUGCACCUCUUUGAAAAAGAAAAUGAAACCUUGACAUAUCUGGAAUAAAA